AUGAACAAUCCUUCAAAUGAUGUUAAUUCUCUUAAUCAGCGGUCUGUUUUUUUCAUUGACGCCAGCAAUCCGGAAAUUGCAAAUCAAACCAUUUCUACUAGUAGCAGCCAUCCAUUCGUCAAGCCACCCUUCCCACCUGUAAUUGAUGUUCGUGAAUUGAUCACCAAACAAAAUAAUGGUAAAUUGCCUACAAGGUCUCCAAACGCUUUUAUCAUUUACCGUAAAGUUUUUCUGGAUACAGCUCAGGCUGAUGGCUACACAUUACCAAUGACUGUUAUUUCAGCAAUGGUUUCCAAAUCUUGGGAAAGUGAACCUCAAUAUGUUAAAGACGAAUAUAAGAAACUUGCAAAGGAAGCAUUCAAUCGUCUCAAUGAGAUGAACCCAAAAUCGACUAAACCUAAUAAAAGAGAACGUUGGAAUUUUGUUUCUUUUGAUCAAAAAAAUAAAUCUUCUAAACCUCGUCUUAACAAAAAUGUCAAACAACCUGGAAACAAAAAUGAAAAUAGAAAUAAAAAUUCUAAAUCAUCUGUCACCAUUGUUGGAAAUAACGACAACAACAUUAACAAUACUCCAAAUAUCGCCAAUACAGUUGAUUUAUCGACUUUUGAUGAUCAUGAUUAUUUCAACAACAACAACAUUACUCCAUUGUUAUCAUUUUCACCUUCUUCAACAAAUUCUUCGCCUAACAUUUCAUCUAAUUACGAUUUAUUCAUUAACAACAUCGAUGAUAAUGAUAAAGACAUUUUUAUUCAAAAUAUGUUAGACACAUCAUCUUUUACGGCAAAUCUUAAUAAUUCUCAAAAUAUUUUAAAUCAAUAUUUAAAUCCUUUCGAUCAAGAUAUUUCACCUGAUAUUGAUAAUACAUAUGAACAACAAAAUUUUAAUAAAGAAAAAGCAAAAUCAGUAGUACUAAAGACAUCAUCAGCAUCAUUAUCAACCACAAAACUUUUCGAAUCAAAAGAUAAUAGUAGAUUAUUAGAUCAUGCGGCCUUAUUAACGACCCAGGCAACAGCCUUAGCAGCAAAUUUCCUAACUCACCAUUUAUCCGGACCACGUAAACCGUCUUGGCCAAUACAACUUACAUUAAUGUGUGCUGCAAUGAGAAAUAUAACUGAACAUACACAUUUGGUUGAUGUGGAAACAUUACGUCGUGUGAUCACCAUGUUUUUUGCAUUCACACCCUCUGACAUAAUAGUCACGCCUGUUUCUUUCAAAAUCAUUAAUAGAGGUCUACAAGGUAUUCUCAAAGAUUUGGAUGAGAAGGAGGGGUCGUCGUCGAGUAGUGAUUGUCGUGUAUUGAGUGGUGAAUGGGUUGUCCCAAAACCACUUUGGAUACAAAUGAAUGAUGAAUUCCACAAAUCAUCUGCUAAUCACAAACAUAUUUAUGUUGAUCAAGAUGGAAUAAAAUGGUCAAAUGAGAAAGUCAUCUUGUAUAUACAUGGCGGUGCUUAUUAUUUGAUGUCUGCUAGAACUCAUCGAGAUUUAAAUUAUCGUCCAUUCCCGUGUGGUCUUCAUGAUGCUGUCCAUUCUUUUCUUUAUUUGACUGAUCCAAAUGGAUUGGCAAUUCAACCGCAAAAUAUUAUUAUAGCUGGUGAUAGUGCUGGUGGAGGUUUAACCGAUGACAAUGAUCUUGGCGCCGAAGCACGCGGUUACAAAGUCAGCAAAACAAUCUUGUCAAUAAGGAUCCUAGAUAAAAAAGAAUAG